GGGCAACAUGGCGGCCUCGGGGCUUGCGUCAACGUCCGAAGAGGGCGCCAAAUUCAAAUUCGCGGCCAUCUUGAGCGAGCGGAGUCCCGGCUCGCUGCGCACCUGCGGGUGUGCGCAGCCCUGCGUUGGCCUCGGGAUCCGGGGGUGAGGGCGCCAUGGCGCCCGGCUCCAAAAAUGAGUUACGCGGUGUGACAAAUUGUCAGUCUAACCAGCCAAGCAGUGAAGGUGAUGCCAUCAAAGUCUUUGUGCGCAUUCGGCCCCCUGCGGAGGGUUCCGGAUCAGCCGAUGGAGAGCAGAACGCGUGCGUGUCCGCGCUCUCCUCCACGACGCUCCGGCUGCACUCCAACCCCGAGCCCCGGACCUUCACCUUCGAUCACGUUGCUGGCAUGGACGCUACUCAGGAGUCUGUGUUCUCAACCGUGGCCAAAGGCAUUGUGGAGUCGUGCAUGAGCGGCUACAACGGCACCAUCUUUGCAUAUGGACAGACUGGCUCAGGGAAAACAUUCACGAUGAUGGGGCCAUCUGAAUCUGACAAUUUUUCUCAUAACUUGAGAGGAGUAAUCCCACGAAGUUUUGAAUAUUUGUUUUCCUUAAUUGAUCGUGAAAAAGAUAAGGCUGGAGCUGGGAAGAGCUUCCUGUGUAAGUGCUCCUUCAUUGAGAUCUACAACGAGCAGAUCUACGACCUGCUGGACUCUGCAUCGGCUGGACUGUACUUAAGGGAGCACAUCAAGAAGGGGGUCUUUGUCGUCGGAGCGGUGGAGCAGGUGGUGACCUCGGCUGCUGGAGCCUACCAGGUGUUGUCUGGAGGAUGGAGAAACAGGCGCGUGGCAUCGACGUCGAUGAACAGAGAGUCCUCAAGGUCUCACGCAGUCUUCACAGUUACCAUAGAGUCGAUGGAGAAGAGCAACGAGACCGUGAACAUCCGAACCUCCCUGCUCAACCUGGUGGAUUUAGCAGGAUCUGAAAGACAGAAGGACACCCAUGCAGAAGGGAUGAGGUUGAAGGAAGCAGGGAACAUAAACCGAUCGUUGAGCUGCCUGGGCCAAGUGAUCACCGCGCUCGUCGACGUGGGUAACGGGAAACAGAGGCACGUUUGCUACAGAGACUCCAAGCUCACCUUCCUGCUGCGGGACUCCCUUGGAGGUAAUGCCAAAACAGCCAUAAUCGCAAAUGUUCAUCCUGGAUCCAGGUGUUUCGGAACCCUGUCAACGCUGAAUUUUGCUCAGAGGGCCAAACUGAUUAAAAAUAAGGCAGUGGUAAACGAAGACACCCAAGGCAACGUGAGCCAGCUCCAAGCUGAAGUGAAGAGGCUCAAAGAACAGCUUGCCCAGCUUACUUCAGGGCAGAUAGCGGCGGAACCCUUUCUGGCCAGAGACAAACAUGAGACUGAUUACGUGAGGUAUUUCCAGGAGGCCAUGAUGCUGUUUAAGAAGUGUGAACAGGAGAAGAAGUCUCUGGUAGAAAAAGUUACCCAAUUAGAAGACCUCACCCUCAAAAAAGAGAAAUUUAUUCAGUCUAAUAAGAUGAUUGUGAAGUUCCGAGAGGACCAAAUAACGCGGCUGGAGAAGCUCCACCGGGAGUCGCGGGGCAGCUUCCUGCCCGAGGAGCAGGACCGGCUGCUGUCAGAGCUGAGGGACGAGAUCCAGACGCUGCGAGAGCAAGUGGAGCACCACCCCAGAGUCGCCAAAUACGCCAUGGAAAAUCACUCCCUCAGGGAGGAGAACAGAAGACUGAGAUUGUUAGAGCCUGUGAAAAGAGCCCAGGAGGUGGACGCCCAGACCAUUGCAAUGCUGGAGAAAGCUUUCUUCGAGGUGUCUGGCACAGAGAAAGUCGAGAAAAGUCAGCAAGCAUUUUCUCCAAAAGCUGCAAAAGAGCCACAUUCAUUAGCAAACACUGAGAAGCUAAAAGCACAACUACUACAAACUCAGACAGAGCUGAAUAAUUCAAAGCAAGAGUAUGAAGAAUACAAAGAACUAACUAGGAAAAGGCAGCUAGAAUUAGAAUCUGAACUUCAGUCUUUGCAAAAAGCGAACCUCAAUCUUGAAAACCUUUUGGAAGCAACAAAAGUCUGCAAGCGGCAGGAAGUUUCUCAGCUGAACAAAAUUCAUGCUGAGACGCUGAAGAUUAUAACUACACCAACCAAGACUUACCAGCUUUGGUCCCGAUCGGCACCAAAGUUGAGCCCUGAAAUGGGGAGCCUGGGGUCUGCGCACACUCAGAAUUCCAGCCGGUUUGACAAUGAUAUCUUAAAUGAGCCACUUCCUCCUGAGAUGAAUGAACAAGCUUUUGAGGCCAUUUCUGAAGAGCUGAGAAUUGUGCAGGAACAAAUGAGUGCCCUUCAAGUCAAGCUGGAUGAAGAAGAGCAUAAAAACCUGAAGCUCCAGCAGCGCAUCGACAAGCUGGAACACCAUUCUACGCAAGUGCAGGAGCUGUUCUCGUCGGAGAGAGCCGACUGGACCCAGCAGCAGCAAGAGCACCUCUCACAGCUGAGCGGCCUUGAAAAGCAGCUUCAGGACACUCAGACGAAGAAUGACUUCCUGAAAAGUGAGGUGCACGACCUGCGAGUCGUUCUUCAUUCUGCCGACAAGGAGCUAUCUUCGGUGAAACUGGAGUACAGCUCGUUCAAGGAGAGUCAGGAGAAAGAGCUCAGCGACCUUUCUGAGAGGCACCUGCACGUCCAGCUCCAGCUGGAGAAUGUCAGAUUAGAAAAUGAAAAGCUUCUUGAGAGCAAAGCCUGCCUGCAGGAUUCCUAUGAAAACUUACAAGAAGUAAUGAAGUAUGAAAUUGACCAACUUUCCAAAAACCUCCAAAACUGCAAAAAAGAAAAUGAGACUCUGAAAUCUGAUCUGAAUAAUUUGAUGGAGCUUUUUGAGGCAGAAAAAGAACGCAAUAACAAAUUAUUAUUACAGUUUGAAGAAGAUAAAGAAAACAGUUCUAAAGAAAUCUUAGACGUCCUUGAGGCUGUGCGUCAGGAGAAGCAGAAGGAGAUGGCCAAGUGCGAGCAGCAGAUGGCAAAAGUACAGAGACUAGAGGAGAGUUUGUGUGCCACCGAGAAAGUCAUCCAUUCUCUGGAGAAGUCCAGAGAUGCUGACAAGGAAGCUGUCGCCAACCUCCGGAGCCAGGUCCAGGAGCUGAGAGCAUCGGUCUGCGAGAAGACAGAGACCAUAGACACCCUGCAGCAGGAACUGAAGGACGUCACUUGCAAAUACAACUCUGCUUUGGGUGACAAAGAAGAGAGCAAAGUGUUGAUUAAGAGACAGGAAGUAGAGAUUCUGGACCUGAAAGAAACCCUUAGACUGAGAAUAAUCUCUGAAGACAUCGAGAGGGACAUGCUCUGCGAGGACCUGGCUCAUGCCACUGAGCAGCUGAACAUGCUCACCGAGGCCUCCAAGAAGCACUCGGGGCUCCUGCAGUCCGCCCAGGAGGAGCUGACCCGGAAGGAGGCCAUGAUCCAGGAGCUCCAGCACCAGUUAAACCAAAAGAAAGAGGAGGUAGAACAGAAGAAGAACGAGUAUAACUUCAAAAUGAGGCAACUCGGUCACGUGAUGGAUUCUGCUGCCGAGUAUCCCCAGAGCCCGAAAACCCCGCCUCAUUUCCAAACACACUUGGCAAAGCUCCUGGAAACACAGGAACAGGAGAUAGAAGACGGGCGGGCCUCCAAGAUUUCUUUGCAACGCCUUGUCACUAAGCUAAAUGAAGACAGAGAAAUAAAAAAUGCUGAAAUCCUCCGAAUGAAGGAGCAGCUGAGUGAAAUGGAGAACCUGCGCCUGGACGCCCAGCAGCUGAGAGAGGAGAACUGGCUCCUGCAAGGUCAGCUGGACGACAUUAGAAAGCACAAGGACGGCAGCGGCCAGAAUCAUCCAGACAGCCAACAGCUCAAGCAUGAACAAGAAGAACUUACCAAAGAAAGACUUGCUAAAAAUAAGUUAGUUGAAGAAAUGCUGAGAAUGAAAGCAGACCUGGAAGAAGUCCGGACCGCCCUCCGGGAGAAAGAGACGGACUGCCUUAGAAUGACUGAGGAAGUCGAGCGCACCAGAACUUUGGAGUCCAAAGCCUUCCAAGAAAAGGAACAGCUGAGAUCGAAGCUGGAAGAACUGUAUGAAGAAAAGGAGAGAACGUCUCAGGAGACGGAGAUGCUGAGGAAGCAGGUGGAGUGUCUCGCUGAGGAAAACGGGAGGUUGGUGGGUCACCAAAACCUGAACCAGAAGAUCCACUACGUCAUGCGGCUGAAGAGGGAGAACGUGCGGCUCGCUGAGGAGACAGGAAAGUUGCGUGCUGAAAAUACAGUUUUGAAAGAAAAUAAGAAAAAAGAGCUUCUGACGAACACUCUGCACUCACCCACGUCCAGUGGCAGCGAGCAACCCGCGGUGUAGGGGCGCAGCCCCCCUUCCGGGCUCCGAACCGACUGUGAAUCCUGGGAAGGCCUUGGGCCUUUUAAAAAUAAAGCUUGUAGCUGAUGUGUACAGUGGGCGUUCGCCAGUCCGUUUUUCCCUGGGGUACCAACGUGAUCUCCUCUGAGUCUUACAUCGGAAACUGUGUUCAGUGGUCCCAGAACUGGCAGUGAGGUUCACAGCUGACAGCACAGUGUGUAUAAAAAGCAAACUUGUGAAUAUAGAUUAUUUUUGUAUUUCUACUUGAAGUAUUUUCAUGAUCCUUUUUAUAACUGUAAACAUGGCCAUUUUUCAAAAUGUAAUAAAUCUUUUUCGAAUAAAGAGUCCAAAAAA